GUUGAAGUUCCUUCGACUUUUGUACCACAGAAGAAGAACCACGAUGCAGCGAGACAAGACCGGAAGUUCGGCGGUCUCUGGUGAUAAACCGGACCGGGAGACCGCCAUCAUGUCCAAAUAUUACGAUGGCGUCGAGUUUCCUUUUUGUGAUGAGUUUUCUAAAUACGAAAAGCUCGCCAAGAUCGGCCAAGGCACCUUCGGGGAGGUGUUCAAGGCCAAACACAGGCAAACUGGCAAGAAAGUAGCACUGAAGAAGGUGCUAAUGGAAAAUGAGAAAGAAGGGUUCCCCAUCACAGCACUGAGGGAGAUCAAGAUCCUGCAGCUGCUGAAACAUGAGAAUGUUGUAAAUUUGAUUGAGAUCUGUCGAACAAAAGCCACCCAGUUUAACCGUUACAAGGGCAGUAUAUACCUGGUGUUUGAUUUCUGCGAGCACGAUCUGGCCGGCCUGCUAAGCAAUGCCAAUGUUAAGUUCACGCUGUCAGAGAUUAAGAAGGUCAUGCAAAUGCUGUUGAACGGACUCUACUACAUCCACAGAAACAAGAUCCUGCACAGAGACAUGAAGGCAGCGAAUGUGCUUAUCACAAGAGAUGGUGUAUUGAAACUUGCUGAUUUUGGCCUGGCAAGAGCCUUCAGUCUAGCAAAGAACAGCCAGGGCAACCGCUACACCAACCGAGUAGUGACACUGUGGUACCGACCUCCAGAGCUCCUGCUAGGAGAGCGUGAUUAUGGGCCACCCAUCGAUCUAUGGGGUGCAGGAUGUAUCAUGGCUGAAAUGUGGACACGGAGCCCCAUCAUGCAGGGAAACACCGAACAGCACCAACUCACUCUUAUCAGCCAGCUGUGUGGAUCCAUUACUGCUGAAGUGUGGCCUAGUGUGGAUAAAAAAUAUGAGCUGUACCAGAAGAUGGAGUUACCCAAAGGACAGAAGCGAAAAGUAAAAGAGCGUCUGAAGGCAUAUGUUAAAGACGCAUAUGCCCUGGAUCUGAUCGAUAAACUGCUGGUGCUAGACCCAGCCCAGCGUGUGGACAGUGAUGAUGCGCUCAACCAUGACUUCUUCUGGUCUGACCCCAUGCCUUCUGACCUCAAACAUAUGCUCUCCACACACAACACAUCUAUGUUUGAAUACCUGGCCCCCCCACGGCGCCGUGGACACAUGCCCCAACAACCAGCCAAUCAGAACCGCAACCCAGCUACAGCCAGCCAGUCAGAGUUUGACCGUGUUUUCUGAUUUCUCCCUUUUUCAUGCAGAAUUUAGAAAGGAGCAACAGGUUUAUGAGAUCAAACUGAGAUGUGGGUUUAAUUUGAUUAUCAGGGGGUCAAGCGAGUUAAUAAACAGUGAUCAGCUGUCUUUCCUUCAGUUCUAAUAUAGAGUCUGGUUGUCUGUAGAUGUACUUCUCUGAAUUACGUCUUUGAUCAUACAGAUGCACUCUGAUUUCUGUGAUCAGCUCUCUGGAGACCCCUAGUUUAGCCACAUGUUUAUUUAGCAACAUCUGGAUUGUUGUGGCAUGAAACACUGCUCAGAUGUCAGGUUUGCUGUGUCUGUGUUAGCUGAUGUUGGGACCAGCAGUUCAUUUGGGAAUGAGUUGCAUGUUGAGUUAGAAAAGAUGCAUAAAAAGAUACAAUGAACAGUCGUUAUGAUUACACAGUCUGAGACGUAUCUGACACCAUGUGUUGCACCUUCCUGUUUAAAUUUCAGUUACAGUUUUCUUGUAUUCUGAAUUUUGCAACUUGUAUUAUUUUAGUUCAAUAUUAUGUUUAGAAUUUAUGUAGCUAUAUAUCAUAUGGUUUGCAACCUCUGAUAUGUUUGUGUUUAAACUUUAUUGCUUUUUACAAAAAUAAUAAUAAUGUGUUUUGGUUUUUGAGGUACUUCACUUGAAAUGCCAAUAAACCUGUAACUUUUUACUCCGGGUCUUGUGAUCUUCACAUGUAGCCACUAAGUGGCGCAGUAGCACAUCUUUUGUAUGCUGAAUGAAAAUGUUUACUGCAGUACUUUAAAUGCUUUUAACACCAUUUAUCCCAAUGUUCACCACUUAUCCUGGGAUAGGUGGUGUUAAAAGCAUCUAAAUGCAUAAACAGCAACUAUUUU